UUAAGGUAUGAUUAAUAUAGAUUAAGGAAAAGGUUACUGUAAUUACUUUUUUGGGUGGGGAACUGAGGAAGUGGUGGUACACUGGUACUGCUAGAGAGACAAGAAUGUAGGUAAUGAGUCAACGCUUUUGCAUUAGAGAAAGCUCCUAGCAAUAAUCUCAUAUAUAUACAAGUUGGCAAGAGCACAAAGAAUCUUCAUUUAUAUUCAUUUGAAUUUUCAAGAUCUUGUAUUUCAUUUCUGAAAAACAAAACACUAACCAUGUAUUGUCAGAAUAACAGCUCUUUUGUUGAUCAUUCCGCUGAUUUCAUUAACCAAAAUUACCCUUCGAAUUUAUCGCCUAUGUUGGUCCAGUCACUUGCAGGAGAUUUCGAUUCUAUUAACGAAGCUUUCAUGCUAGCAAAUGCCAAUGGGAAUACAAGUACUGGGAGCGGGUGUACUAGCAGUAGUUACAUAGGCUCACCAAAUUCACCUCUGAGUUGUACCAGUAGUCACCCACCAAAUACUACUGCCUCUUUGAUGCAGCGAAGCCUCAGUAGCCAUUCACUCCAUAAAAACGGGUUUUACCAGCAUGAUUCGUCUCCUGUUGGACUUCAUGACCUGGAUAUUGGGUCAGUUAGAAGGGUUUUUAGCACAGGUGAUUUGGAUCAGGGAGUCCAAACCUUACGCCACCACCAUCACCACCCGGUUGGAAGUCCAUUGGCAAAUGAAAGUACAAGCAUUAUCAUUGAAGGUAUGACUAAGGCAUGUCGCUACAGUCCUGAAGAGAAAAAAGAAAGAAUUGAGAGGUAUCGCAGCAAGAGAAACCAGAGAAAUUUCAACAAAAAAAUACAGUACGCAUGCAGGAAGACAUUAGCAGACAGCAGGCCAAGAAUACGGGGUCGAUUUGCAAGGAACGAUGAAAUCGAACAGCCUACCACUUUCCAAGACCUACAAUGGAAUCAGAUGGCAGGUGAUGAAGACGAUGAGGAUGAAGGGCAGUGGAUUCAUCUCCUGAACUCCCUUUCUACCAAUUUAGUUCCUUGAAGAAUGUCCAUUAUCAGUUAGAAUGCUUGUUAGACUUUUAAGUGUCAAACAUUGUUUUCAAAUUGCAGCAUACAGCAAGCAGCAAUCCUAGGAAUUCAUCAUGUAUAUAAUUCUGGUGGGUGAAGUAUCCUAAGUAACUUGGUACUAGAAUUGAUAAGCAUUCAAAGUAGUUUGCAUAGUAUUUUGCAUGACGGGGUCAUGCAUGAAAAAAAUAAGUGUACAUCAUUUUGAAUGCCCCAAUCAAUUCAGAACUAGUUCAAGUUCUACGCCAUUAUUUGGCCCCAUAGAACAUUAAAUAAAAGUUGGACAGGCUUUUAGAAA